AGGACAAGUUUCCCUCAAAAAUACCUAUUUGAAAUUGAAUUAACUAUUUUACAUUGGUUUUUACCUUAGUUGUUUAAAAGCAUUUUACCUUUGCGUCUUGGUUCUCGAGUUCAUGCUCUAACAAUCUCCAUAACAAGUACUUGCAUGUAAUUCUGCUGCUUUGGAUGUUUUGAUGUAUUCAUUUGAUCUUCCAUAAUAAUCCGAGAAUCUAUGCGCAUCCAUGAAUAUGAAAAUAUAGCUGUUCGAACCUUUUUCUGCAAUAGAGUUUUGGUCCAUAGUUUUUGAAAAUCCUCUUAUUACACUAAUCAUUUUCGACUGAUUAAUGUGUACUAUACGUUUGCGUAUAUGUCUACGUAUAUAUGCAUAAAUCUAUGGCCUUUUUGCUCAAUAUCCUGGAUUGAAAUGAAAAUUGUUUUUAACUUCUGUCGGUGUUUUUAAUGCAUCAGGUCUUCCCUUUGCUUACUCAGUUCUCACAUGAAGAACAAGCAUCUUUAGUCUGGAAGAUUUUGUGCAGCAUCCCCACUAAUAUACUUUCAAAGUUCCUCCCCUGGUUGUCGUCCUCUAUUUCCCCUGAUGAAUAUCACUAUCUUCAAAAGUAUUUGAGGAAUAUAGUUCGAGAGGAUAAUCUUGUUGAACAAGUUAUUUUCGCCUGGAUGGAAGGGAAAGAUUAUUGUGCAAGCAUGAUAUCAAAUCAGACAGACGAAACAGACUUUGCAUCUGAGUUCUCUGGCGAACAUCCAGUAGAUACUGUAAUUCUUUGGCACAAUGCUAUUAAACGAGAGUUGCAUGAGAUACUCGAGGAGGCCAAGAAGAUUAGUAUUUCUGGUGCUGUUACUUAUGAUCUAUUAGCUUUCCAUAAGAAGCUUCAAUUUAUUGCCGAAAUUUGUAUCUUCCACAGUGUUGCAGAGACAAAAGUCAUGUAUCCCGCAGUAUAUGGAGAAACCUUAUCUUUUCAGCAGCGCACAAACGAAGAAAGUUUAUGCAAAGAGUUUAUGUGUUUGAUUGAAAGUAUACAGAAGGCAGGAACAAUCUCUUCUUCCAUUACAGAAUUUAAGUCAACGAUAGCCUCACAUGCUGAUCGAAUAAUGGAAACUUUAAAGGGGCGUUUCGACAAUGAGGAAGUUCAGGUCCUUCCACUUGUGCGAAAGCACUUAAGCGUCAAAAGACAACGGGAACUUUUGCAUCAAAGCUUGUGUGUGAUGCCCUUGAAAUUAAUUGAGCGUGCGUUGCCAUGGAUGGUAAACUCAUUGACUGCAAAUGAAGCCAACAACUUUGUUAAAAACAUGCAGAUGGCAGCUCCAGCAUCAGAUAUUGCUCUGGUCGAGAUCUUUUGUGGUUGGGCUAGCAAGCCUCUCAAUGACAACUCCUGCUCAAGUGCAAGCGGGCGCUGUCCUGUCAAAAGGUUUGUUAGUAGUGAUGAGAAAAUUGGUCAAUUAUCACGUGCUUGGUGUGCUUCCACAUUGUCAAGCAGAGAUAUCUACUCCUCUCCAUAUGAAGAGAGCAAUGCUUCUCACCCUUUACAACCAAUUGAUGUUGUUUUUAAAGUUCAUAAGGCCAUACGCCGUGACUUGGAAUAUCUUGACAAUGAAUCGGAAAAGGUCAGCACUUGUGAUGAGAUAUUUCUUCAGCAGUUCAGUGGAUUUUUCUGUUUCUUAUGGGACUUAUCCAGAGCUCAUAGUAAUGCUGAGGACAAUAUAUUGUAUCCGGCACUGGAAUCCCGAGAUGCACUUCACAAUGUGAGUCACUCACACACACUGGAUCAUGAGCAAGAACAACAGGCAUUUGAAAAUAUUUCUGGUCUUCUUUUUGAGCUUUCACACCUUCACGGAAGUGCGAUAGCUUUUUCUGGUACUUGCGGUGGUGAGUCAAGCGAAUGCUUGAGAAAGUACCAUGAAUUAGCUAUCAGGCUUCGUGCAUCGCUCAAGUCACUAAGAAUUAUGGUAGACCAGCACAUGAGAAGGGAAGAGAUUGAACUGUGGCCACUAUUUGGAUUGCACUUCUCUGUGGAGGAUCAAAAUAAAAUGGUUGGUUUCAUACUGGGGACUACAGGUGCUGACGUGCUACAAUCUAUGUUACCCUGGGUAAGUUCAGCACUUACCGAGGAUGAACGGAGUGAAAUGAUGAAUACCUUUAAUAAGGUGACCAAAAAUACAAUGUUCAAUGAAUGGUUAAAUGAAAGCUCUAACGGAAAUUCAUUCUCAAGUUCACAGACUCGGAGGCUUGAAAGUCGCUUUUCUCCAAAAGGAAGCAUGCGGCAAAUUGAUCGUGCCUUCAACUCUCAUAAGAAGCAUAACUUGAAGAAUCUAAUGUCUAGUUACUGGAUGGCUGCACAGCAGAGUUUAUCCCGAGCUUCAGCAGGAAAUAAUUGUGAGGGUGAAGAUUUAGUGGGACGGUCACCAACAUUUCAAGAUUCCGAAAAAGGAGUAUAUGGGUGUAAGCACUACAAAAGAAACUGCAAACUCCAUGCCACUUGCUGCAACAAGCUGUUUACAUGUAGAUUUUGCCACGAUAUUGGCAGCGACCACAAAAUGGAUUGGAAACAAACAUCGGAAAUGAUGUGUAUGCGCUGCCUCAAUAUUCAGCCAGUCGAGCCAAUAUGCUCCACGCCUUCUUGCAACGGACUCUCAAUGGCAAAAUAUUAUUGUAAUUCAUGCAAACUUUUUGAUGAUGGCAGGAAUGUCUAUCAUUGUCCAUUUUGCAAUUUAUGCCGUGUUGGGAAGGGCCUUGGCAUCGACUAUUUUCACUGCAUGAAGUGCAAUUGUUGCUUGAGCAUAAGUAUAGUGAACCACAAGUGCCGGGAGAAAUGCCUCGAAGCUAACUGCCCCAUCUGCAAUGACUUCUUGUUCACAUCAACCUCAAGCAUCAGAGCUUUACCAUGUGGCCAUUUGAUGCAUGUAGUUUGCUUGGAGGCUUUCUCUCGUAGUCACUACAGUACAUGUCCCGUCUGCUGCAAAUCUUCCGGAAAUAUGAUGAGGGCAUCAACUCAGUCUUCCAUUCUGGUUGGUGGUGACGAAUCCAUGGAAUUUUCCGAUUGUCAUGAAAGAACCCAAAUGAAGACUUCAUGGACUAACAAAAAACUCGAAGGAAUAUUUUCCAGCCACACAAGUUUUUUGGUAAAUAUGUUAUAUCAUUCUGUGCCAUGGUUUGAACCCCAUACUAGCAAGCAUCCUCGGCUUCUGCACCGAUUGAAGAAGGGGUUGGAGAAUGCGGUUGCAGGACAAAAUGGCAAGGAGAGGUUCCUGAUGUGUUUUCUAGUUCUAUGCAUUCUGGUGCUCUUUUGCGGCUUAAGCAGUGUUGUAAUUUUACUUUGGUUCAAGGCAUUGGGGAGCAACGAGUAAAGUUACGUGUGACAGAUCCUGCUUUCUGUUUCCAUUAGGCAAAUAUUGCUCAUGUGUUUGGGAGGCAAAUUGCUGUAAUAUGUGUGUAAAUUGCAGGGUUUGUAAUAAGGCAUGUUAUUAGCAUGUCAUGCAAAAUAAGUGUGUCCAUUAAAAGACUUCCUUCUUCAACUUGCUAAAUCAUGAUUUUGUUCCAUGUAAUUUGGGUCAAUUUAUUGUUUAUUGAAGGACAA